UAUUCCUUCUGAUAUAAGAAGCGGUUCGUGUGUCGAGAAGCGAGAGGAACACUGAAGAGAAAAGAAAUAUAACAGCCAUGAAGAGUCUCGUCCUUUUCUUAUUUCUUUUCGUUGUUGGUCUUUGGGUGACUGAAGGACAGCAGUUGACUCAAGGACCGUCGGUGGCUACAGGACUGCCAGGGACUAGGGAAGGAGGGGAAGAACAAGAGAGUGCGCCACUACCAGAUGAUGAAGAAGAUUUAGGGAGUGAUAAAGACCUAGGGGACGGCGAGUCGCCAGGGAAUGACGACGAGUCAGAGGAUGAAGGUGAGUCGGAGGAUGAAGGCGAGUCAGAGGAUGAAGGCGAGCCAGAGGAUGAAGAAGAGUCAGACGAUGAAGCGUUAUCGGCUGAUGAGGAGUCAGAGGAUGACGAUCAGGGAGGGGAUGGUGACGAGUCAGACGAUGACGACGAGGGAGGAGAUGAAUACGAAUCAGGGGACCCGGACGAGUCAGGGAAUGAAGACGCUUCAGAGGUAGUUGAUGCAAUUGAUGAAGAAUCCGACAGUGAAGUUGACCCGGUGAGUGGAGUUCCGCCGUUUCAUAACGAAACAGUUGAUUCUGGUAACUCGACGACAGAAGGAGAAAGUCUUGCUGUGCCCAAACGUCUGCGCAAAUGUUGGAAGGGCUGUUAUAGAAUCGUGACCUAUAAAAUAUCAAGUAGAAAGCGGUGUGCGGAAUUAAAAUGGUGCAUAAAAUACAGAACUGGCUAUAAAAGAAUUCGUACACCCUGUUAUAAUUGCUGUAAUGGAUGGAGUGACAAGAAUGGGCAGUGCACAGACAUCAACGAGUGCAAAGGGAGGAACCCGUGUGGCAAAUACGGAAGAUGCCGCAACAGACUAGGAUCUUACAGAUGUUACUGUAAACGAGGUUUCCGUUUCAAUGGGAGAACAUGUGUUGACAUCAACGAGUGCAAAGGGAGGAACCCGUGUGGCAAAUACGGAAGAUGCCGCAACAGACUAGGAUCUUACAGAUGUUACUGUAAACGAGGUUUCCGUUUCAAUGGGAGAACAUGUGUUGAUAUUAACGAAUGUUUACGCAAACCUUGUCGUUCUGGGGCCACAUGUCGCAACGCCCUCGGGUCCUAUCGUUGUAUAUGUAAACGAGGUUACCGAUAUGUAAAGAAUCAAUGUGUUGAUAUCAACGAGUGUAAAUAUAGAGGACGCUGUGAACAUAUAUGUGCCAAUACUCCGGGAUCCUACAUUUGCAGCUGUAGAAAGGGUUAUGUAAUAUUUAGGAAUCGUUUCUGCGUGGACAUCAACGAAUGUAGGUGCAACAAUGGUGGAUGCCCUUUCCCUUACAGAUGUAUCAACAGACCCGGGUUCCACUAUUGUGAUUGCCCCUUCGGGUUCGCUGCUAAAGGGAACUUUUGCAACCUUAAUAUACCAAGAGAGAAGCUGAACUUUACCCUCCCAGAUCAUAAAUCAUUCAUACCAAGAGUAAGACUGCCAGUUCCUACUAUUCCUACGUUACCCACAAAAUAAACGCGAUGGUCAUAAAUGGAAUGCUUACAUUUUGUUCUCAGCAGUUCUCCUCAAUCACAGCAGAUAUGGUAUCUAAACAUCUACAACAACAUCAAUAUCGACUAUUACUGUAAUUUUAUAUUUUUAUCAGGCUAUUUUUUUUCAAUUCAUUACUCAAAUAAAACAUUUCAGUCAAAAACA